AUGGAGGUUCCUCAAGUUACUUCCUCCACUACCACUACUCCCCUCCCCAAGGACUCUUCCUUCGCCUCCGCCGCCUCCCCAUACUUUGAUUCCCUCUUCCGUCGCCGCCAACAAAAGAAGAUGAGCAUCACGCAAACAUACUACCUGGCUCACACCGCCCGCAAGAAGCUUACCCGCGAGGCUUCCCGCGCAGACCAUGAUCUCCGCCUACUGGUCGGCCACGCCAACCUGCUGGACUCGUUGAUGCUGGAUCUGGCCGAUGCCGAGCGUGAGCAAGAACGUUGGUUCAACCAGACCGUCAGUGGUGCCACCAAGACCUCCCCCCGCGAAGAAAAGUCCCGCCACAUCCAAUGGGCAUCGACCGUGGUCGAGGAGCCCGAAGAGGACUGGGAUCCGGAGGAUGCGUCCGACCUGGAGUCGGACCUCAGCGAUAGCGACGAGGAAGAUGAUUCCGACUUUGACGAAAAUGACUUCGUCAUCAACACACCCGUUCGCCUUCGUUCUCCACCCCCGCCUCAACAGUACCUCGCCGCCGUCCCCGAGGCUACCUUGGUGGAAGACGAUGGGGAAGAUACCGACUCGGACUUUGAAUACGACGACGCCGAGGACCUGGAGGAACUUAGCUUGACGCGAUCUCCAUCCCGGCAGUCACCACCCGAGCUGCUGGCUGACUUGGACGACUCGUCCGAGGACGAGAGCAUGCCGCCCUCGCCGCCGCAGCCUGCUCUCGAGUCCUUCGACACCAAGGAGGCCGCGACCGCAGCCAUCUCAUUGACGGACAAUCAAACACAUUUGUUCGAACCGGGGUAUUACGUUUCACAAGAACAGAGCACGAUGAUCGAGGCGUACUAG